ACUAAAAGUCUUAAACAAAAAGUUUACAAUACUUAUAGUAAAAUUUCACAUAUAAGUGACUGAAGGGCCUGAAACUUCUCAUCAAGGAGAAUGGGUUCAGAGGGAAACAUGAAGAACUCGGUUGUGACACAAGUAAGCAUUGGUGGAUUUGGAGAGUCCACUACUGCUAAACAACUUACAGAUUACCUUGAAGAUGAAGUAGGACUUGUUUGGCGAUGCAGAUUAAAAACUUCUUGGACUCCUCCUGGCUCUUAUCCUAAUUUUGAAAUCGCAGACACUUCAAGUAUCCCCAAAAUUGAUGAUUACAAGAAAGUGGAGCCUCAUGCGUUUGUCCAUUUCGCAGUUCCUGAAUCAGCAGCUCGUGCCAUGGAUGCUGCAGGGCAAUGCAAUCUCAUGUUGGAUGGCCAGCCUUUAAAAGUCAGCUUGGGGCCUAAGAAUCCUUAUACUCUUAACCAGAGAAGAAGAACGACGACACCUUAUAAGUUGAGUGGUGUUUCAGUUGAGGUUGGGACGUUGGUUUCCCGGGAUGAAUUUUUUGUUUCUUGGAGAGCUGACGGGGUUGAUUUCCUGGUGGAUCCUUUUGACAACACGUGUAAGUUUUGCUUCAGAAAGAGCACUGCGUUUUCUUUCAAGGAUGCAGUGAUGCAUGCUGUGAUCAAUUGUGAUUAUAAGCUGGAGUUAUUGGUGAGAGAUAUACAAACAGUCAGGCAGUAUAAAAACUCGCAUGGCUAUGUACUUAUUUUGCAGCUGGCGUCGUCACCUCGUGUCUGGUACAGAACUGCUGAUGAUGAUAUUCACGAUACUAUCCCUGUCGAUCUCUUGGAUGAUGAUGACCCUUGGAUCCGUACCACUGAUUUUACCCAGGUUGGGGCAAUUGGUCGAUGCCAUUCAUAUCGAGUGCUCAUAUCUCCACGGUAUGAAAAAAAACUGACAACAGCCUUAGAGUAUCUAAGGAUGCGGAGGGUGCAAGAGGAACGUGUGAGGUGGCCUCCCCGGAUCCGUAAUGAGCCCUGUUUUGGGGAGCCUGUGUCAGAUCAUUUCUUCUGCAUUCAUCACAAGGAAGGAAUCUCCUUUGAGAUCAUGUUCCUAGUAAAUUCGGUAUUGCACAGGGGGGUUUUUAACCAGUUUCAGUUGACUGAGCGUUUCUUUGAUCUUCUCAGAAACCAACCCAAGGACGUCAAUAUAGCUUCUCUCAAGCAUCUCUGUACCUAUAAACGACCAGUUUUUGAUGCGUACAAGAGGUUGAAGCUUGUUCAGGAAUGGAUUCUGAAAAAUCCAAAGCUUUUAGGGGGUCAUGAACAGUCUGAGGAUAUCUCUGAGAUCAGAAGGCUAGUGAUUACCCCAACCAGAGCCUAUUGCCUACCCCCAGAAGUUGAGCUCUCCAACAGGGUACUCAGGAAAUACAGAGCUGUUGCUGAAAGAUUUUUGCGCGUAACUUUCAUGGACGAAAGUAUGCAGACCAUAAAUUCGAAUGUUCUCUCUUACUUUGUUGCUCCUAUUGUGAAGGAUCUGACAUCAAGCUCUUUCUCCCAGAAGACCUACGUUUUUAAAAGAGUGAAGAGCAUAUUAACUGAUGGGUUUAAACUAUGUGGUAGAAAAUACAGUUUUCUAGCAUUCUCAGCCAAUCAACUGAGAGACCGCUCUGCAUGGUUCUUUGCUGAAGACGGGAAAACACGAGUGUCAGAUAUAAAAACAUGGAUGGGGAAGUUCAAAGACAAGAAUGUGGCAAAAUGUGCUGCUAGGAUGGGCCUGUGCUUCUCCUCCACAUAUGCCACUGUAGAUGUCAUGCCUCACGAGGUUGACACCGAGCUUCCAGACAUUGAGAGAAAUGGGUAUGUUUUCUCUGAUGGAAUUGGUACAAUCACACCUGACCUCGCUGACGAAGUAAUGGAGAAACUUAAGUUGGAUCUCCACUGUACCCCUUGUGCUUAUCAGAUACGUUACGCAGGUUUCAAAGGAGUUGUUGCUCGUUGGCCAUCAAAAGGUGAUGGAAUCAGGCUAGCCCUUCGAGAUAGUAUGAAGAAGUUCAAUUCCAAACAUACCAUCUUGGAGAUCUGUUCCUGGACGAGGUUUCAACCUGGAUUCUUAAAUCGGCAGAUAAUUACCCUCCUUUCUGUACUAGGUGUGCCGGAUGAAAUAUUUUGGGAUAUGCAGGAAUCCAUGCUCUAUAAACUGAACCGCAUCCUUGAUGAUACAGAUGUGGCAUUUGAAGUUCUCACGGCAUCAUGUGCUGAACAGGGAAACACUGCAGCUAUCAUGCUAAGUGCAGGUUUCAAACCAAAAACUGAGCCACAUCUACGCGGAAUGUUGUCUUCAGUCAGAAUUGCACAACUCUGGGGUCUCAGAGAAAAAUCACGUAUUUUUGUUACUUCAGGAAGGUGGCUAAUGGGUUGCCUAGACGAAGCAGGGAUACUUGAACAUGGCCAAUGCUUUAUCCAAGUCUCAAAACCGUCUUUAGAAAAUUGUUUCUCCAAACAUGGGUCUCGUUUUAAGGAGACAAAGACAGAUCUGGAAGUAGUUAAAGGCUAUGUAGCUAUUGCUAAGAAUCCUUGUCUUCACCCAGGGGAUGUAAGGAUUUUAGAAGCUGUUGAUGUACCCCAGCUGCAUCACAUGUAUGACUGCCUUAUUUUCCCUCAGAAAGGUGAUAGGCCCCAUACAAACGAAGCUUCUGGCAGUGACCUUGACGGGGACCUGUACUUUGUGGCUUGGGAUCAGAAACUCAUCCCUCCCAACAGAAAAAGCUAUCCGGCCAUGCAUUAUGAUGCCGCUGAAGAGAAGAGUUUAGGCCGUGCUGUCAACCACCAGGAUAUAAUUGAUUUCUUUGCAAGAAACAUGGCGAAUGAGCAUUUGGGCACAAUUUGUAAUGCACAUGUCGUUCAUGCUGAUAGAAGUGACUAUGGAGCCAUGGACGAAGAAUGUUUGCUACUGGCAGAACUAGCUGCCACUGCAGUUGAUUUCCCAAAGACAGGGAAAAUUGUGUCAAUGCCCUUCCACCUAAAACCAAAACUCUACCCAGAUUUUAUGGGAAAAGAAGACUACCAAACUUACAAGUCGAACAAAAUCUUGGGUCGGCUUUACAGACGGGUAAAAGAAGUUUAUGAUGAAGAUGCAGAAGCUUCCUCAGAAGAAAGCUCAGACCCAAGUGACAUCCCUUAUGACAUUGAUCUUGAAAUACCAGGAUUUGAAGAUUUGAUCCCCGAGGCAUGGGGGCACAAAUGUUCUUACGACGGGCAGCUCAUUGGUCUUCUCGGGCAAUACAAGGUCCAGAAAGAGGAAGAGAUUGUGACGGGUCAUAUCUGGUCCAUGCCUAAAUACACAAGUAAGAAACAAGGUGAACUGAAAGAAAGACUGAAGCACUCUUAUAAUUCCCUGAAAAAAGAGUUCAGAAAAGUAUUCGAGGAAACAAUCCAGGACCACGAAAAGCUCAGCGAAGAGGAAAAGAACAUUUUGUAUGAGAAGAAGGCUUCAGCUUGGUAUCAUGUCACUUACCAUCACAAGUGGGUGAAGAAGUCUUUAGAGCUGCAAGAUCCAGAUGAGUCGUCUAGUCAUGCGGUGAUGCUGAGUUUUGCUUGGAUUGCAGCUGAUUAUCUUGCAAGAAUCAAAAUCCGGUCAGGGGAAAUGGGAAAUAUCGACUCAGCCAAGCCUGUUGAUUCUUUGGCCAAGUUUCUUGCUCAACGUCUCUAAAAGGUAAUGUUUCAAUGCCGUAAGGCCACUCUGCCAUGUGUCUGUGGAGAUUCACAGAUACUCUAGUAUAUAUAGCUUGUUUGAAUGUGCUUUGUCCAGGAAACUUUGUAUGUGUGACGAAACAUCUUUGCUUCGAGAAAAAAACUGCAUGAUGUUCA